AUGGAGAAGAAUCAACGCACUCUGAAGAUCUCGUUGAUAUCGGCCAAAGAUCUCCAGAGAGUCCAACUUUUGAACAAGAUGGAGGUGUGCGCGUACGUCUUCAUCUCUGGCGGUGGAAAGCAGAAGACAGCCGUGGACAGAGAUGGUGACACAAACCUGACCUGGAACGGUCAGAUCACUUUCAACUUAGAUAAGGAGUCCGCGGAGACCCAGGUUCUCGUGUUCGAGCUCAACUGCUGUGAUCAAAACGGCAAAGAUAAGGUCAUUGGCGAAGUGUUCGUCAAGGUUAAAGCCCUGAUGGGCUCCAUCGAGGGUAGUCUGACCUUUCUUGUUCGAAGCCCUUCUGGAAAUCCCAACGGUACGCUCAAUUUCAUGUUUGAGUGGGAAGAUGAGAAGGUUGCCGGAGCGGGGUCGUCUCCUCCGCCGCCUGCUAUGGUGCAAGUGCAAGAACAGGCUGAGCCUGCAAAGAAGAAAAAAAGAGGAUGGUUUGCCCGAGUCUUGGCCGCGGCGGCGAUUAGUCAUGUCCUCAAUAAUGUUUCACUACCAGAUGACCUUGGCUUUUGA